GAUAUAUUACAAAGUAAACGAAAUGAACUUGUGGCCUUGUGCUAAUUCUUCCAUUCACAUGAGAGGCAGGAGCAUAAACUCUUGCUUUUCCGCAACUAAUCUCUCUCUAAACUCCUGUUUCUCCUCAAGUUCCUACUACUGAUCUCUCUCUCUCUCUCCCUCCCUCUCCCUCCCUCUCCCUCUCUCUCUCCCUCUCUCUCCCACUCUCUCCCUCUUUCCCUCCCUCCCUGUGUGUGUCUGUCAAAAUGGAGGAUUUGAGUUUCUAUAUCGGUGUCACUGGAAACAUCAUCUCAGUCCUUCUGUUUUUGUCUCCAAUAAGCACGUUUUGGAGAAUUGUUAUGCAUGGAUCCACAGAAGAGUACGAGAGCUUGCCUUACAUCUGCACACUGCUCAACUCAUGUUUAUGGACUUACUAUGGACUCGUGAAGCCGGGUGAAUAUCUUAUAGCCACGAUUAAUGGAUUCGGGAUUAUUGUUGAAGCUGUCUAUGUUAUCUUGUUCCUCGUAUAUGCUCCCAAACAUAUAAAGGCUAAAACUACGAUCCUCGCCGGAAUAUUGAACGUUGGGUUUUUCGGAACGGCGGUUUUGGCCACACAACUAGCAUUGGAAGGAGAAGCUCGUAUAAACGCCAUCGGAAUUUUAGGUGCUGGCCUCAACAUUAUUAUGUACGGCUCUCCUCUAGCUGCCAUGAGGACAGUAGUGAGAAGCAAGAGCGUGGAGUACAUGCCAUUCCUCCUCUCAUUCUUCAUCUUCCUCAACAGUCUCAUUUGGGCUCUCUACUCCUUUCUCUUCCGAGAUUAUUUUCUUGGAGUACCAAACGGGAUAGGUAUAGUACUUGGACUGGCACAGCUGGUGCUGUACGGGAUGUACAGGAACCCAAAGGCAUCAAAGAAUGCAAUAAUUGUUAAGACUUCAGGCAAUGCAUUCGAAGAAGACCCAAGACAACAACAUGAACCACUCAUAUCAUCUGCUCACGUAUCCAACAUCUGAUCAUCACUCAUGUAUACAUCUAGUUCGAAAAGUCCGAUUUAUUGGCGACUCAAAAUCAGAAUUUGCGGUUUCAGAUUCGCUUGGUCGAGUUUUGGAGUUGGCUAGUGAAUUUUUUUGUGUGAAGAAAAGUGGUAUUGUUGUAACUUUUCGUGCUUUCCUGGGUUUGCUGUCCAUGUAUAUAUUGUUUUUUUCCUUUUCAAAAUGUGGUGUUGUAUUUGAAAUAAGUUCGACCAAUGAUUUUUUUGUAGAAAAAGCUUAAAGAUUUGCCUACAAGCUUUAUUUCA